AUGUCUGCAAGCUGCUGUUCAAGAAACUGCCCCUCGGUGCCGGCCAUGUCUCUCUGCUCUACAGACGUGAGCUGCGGAGCGCCCAUCUGCUUGCCUAGUUCCUGCCAGAGUCAGACGUGGCAGCUGGUGACUUGUGAAGAGAGCUGUGACCCCUCAAGCUGUGGCCCGCAAUGUGGUCCGCCUCCCUGUCCUGUGAGCUGCGAGGCCGUGCUCUGUGAGCCAGCUUGCUCUGUGAGCAGCUGUGCCCAACCCGUGUGCUGUGAGGCUACCCUCUGUGAGCCAGCUUGCUGCCAACCUGUGUGCUGCGAGACCCCUUCCUGCCAGCCGGUCCUCUGUAUGCCCGCAACCUGCCAGGCCAUGCUCUGCAAACCCAUGUGCGAGCCCAGCUGCUGCCAGCCAGUGAUCUGUGAGCCCAGCUGCUGUCCGUCUGUCUGCGCUAUGCCGACUCCCUGCCAGCCAAUGCUGUGUGAGCCCGCUUGCUGUCAGCCCGUGUGCCCUUCGCCGAGCAUCUGCUCCUCUGUCUGCUCGGUGGCCACCAGCUGCCCAGCUGUGUGUUGUGAUCCCAGUCCUUGUGAGCCGCCUUGCUCCGAGGUCAGUGUCUGCCAGCCAGCUCCCUGCAUGGCUCUGGUCUGUGAGCCCGUCUGCCUGCCCUCUGUCUGUUGUGCUCCGAGUCCUUGUGAACCACCUUGUGGCUCCAGCCCUUGUCCAGAGCCCUCUUGCUGCAUCGCCAGCAUCUGCCAGCCCAUCUGCCCUGAGCCCAGCUCCUGCGCUGCCAGCAUCUGUGUGUCCAGUCCGUGUCCAACUACCUGCUACAUAGUCAAGCGCUAUCAACGGCCCAUGUCUUCUGAGCCUGCUCCUUGCUCACCUCCCUCCUCCAGUCAACCCCUCAGCUGCCGUCCAGGGUCUUCUGCAUCUGCCGUCUGCCAACCAGCUUGUGCAAAGAGCUUCUACAUACCCAGCUCCUGCAGACCACCCUGCACGACCUCGAUUCCCUGUCGCCCCAUCUGCCGCCCCAUCUUCUCAGGACCCAUCACCUACAGGCAGCCCUAUGUGACAUCCAUCUCCUACCGUCCCAGCUGCUACCGCCCGUGCUACUCCAUCCUGCGCCCCCCCACUCGCAUCACUUCUAUCUGUUACCGCCCCGUCUGUUCUCGCGUGACCAGUAUCGACACCUAUAAAACAGAUUGCAAGGAUUCCACUCCCACCCAACCGGAUUGUGGUGACUCCACACCCGACAAGGUUGGGGAAGUCAUUGACGUCAGCCCCUGCCAGCCUACUGAGCCCAAACCUGCCAGCCCCCCUGCCUGUGACACUGCAUCUAACCAGCCGGCUGCUCCCAAGGCUGCCCCCAAGAACACCAACAGCUGA